AUGAAGCUCGCCCUGACCGAGGCACGAUGCGAUUGCGGUUCGCCAAAGCUCGAGCUGCGUUGCUUGGACCCCCACGGCGCCUCAGGGGUCUUCCAUGGAACGGGACUCGUCGCGGGCGACGACGGUGCGGUCGUCGAGCCGUUGCCCAGGGUCGACCCGGAGCUGGUGAAGCACGAUGAAUUCCUCGAACUCGAAGAAAUGGGGCUCGGAGCGAGCCCGUUCGGCGGUGUAGGCCCCAGAAACGAGGAGCGCACGCGUUCGUUGACCGAGUACUGCAGUGCCGUGUCGUAA